AUGGCAUCGACUGUCGAGCUUAGAGUCGCGAUUUACAAUAAUGAAGGAGGAGUAUACAAACACUGGGGUCUCUUCAUCGACGGGCCCACAGCCGAGCAAAAGAUAGACUUGCAAGUCGAGGGUUCUACGAACAGAUUUCGCUUCGAUAGAAAGCUCGAAAAUGCUCUAACUACCGACGGAAUCGUGGGGUUGAUUCCCCUCUGUGAGGUGCCUCUUUCCAGCAUCGGUGCUAUCGACCAAGCGGCGGCGGAGGCACCGAUUCACAACCCAUACACGGGCUAUAAUUGCCAGGAUUACGUGGUUGAUCUUCUGGAUAGUCUAGAGGAGAUGGAACUCACCAACGGAAAAGACGCAAAGUGCCAGGCCUCAAAGAGUCUUGUCCUGAGCAAGCAAGAGGGUCGAUAA